AUGGGUCCUAAAAGAAUUAGAAGAGAGAUGGGAGGUGCUGAAAAAGAAAGAUUAAAGAAAAGACAAGAAGCAUUAAUAAAAUCUCAAGCCAAUUCAAUGUUAAGGUACGUUACAAUAACUGAAACUCCUAAACUUGAUGAGGUUUUAGAAGAUGAGACUAUAGAAGAUGUGGAGGAUGAUAUUAUACACACUGAUGAGGACGAAGAGAAUUUGGAUAUGACUCAGAACAUGAAUAAUAAUAAGAGUGACGGUGGUGGUGGUAGUGAAAGCAAAAGAGAGACUGGGAAUAAGGACGAAGAAGAGAAAAUGGAUGGUGUUAAAGAAUAUCAGAUAAGUGGAGAUGUCGAUGAUCCUGGAAACUGGAAAAAAGUUGAUAACAGAAUGAGAGAUUUUCUUGUUGAGAAAGGUCCAACAAUGCGGCUACCGAUUGAUUAUCAUUUUCCAAGAGAUCAUGUUGGUAGAUGUUUUUCUCAUUCUUCUUAUACAAGAGAAAUAAGAAAUGGAGAGAAGCAAGAUAGACAAUGGUUAGUUUACUCCAAAGUAAAAGAUAAGGUCUUUUGUUUCUGUUGUAAACUGUUCACCCAAGACAGAAAUGCUAGUCAGAUUGCAACCAGUGGAUACAAUGAUUGGAGAAAUCUUUCAAAAAUGCUAAAGGAGCAUGAAAAAAGUCAUAAGCAUAUCAUAUGCAUGACUCAAUGGAUAGAGCUAGAAGUGAGACUAAAGACGAAUCAGACCAUUGACAAACAUAUUCAAGAAGAGGUUAACAAAGAGAAACAAUACUGGAGAGAUGUAUUGUUGAGGAUAGUUGCACUGGUGAAAGGCCUUGCUAAACAGAAUAUGGCAUUUCGUGGAAGGAGUGAUAAGAUUCGUGUUGCUGGCAAUGGAAAUUUCUUGGGUAUGAUUGAAGUAUUUGCAGAUUUUGAUGAAGUGAUGAAAGAGCACAUUAGACGAAUUGAAACACAUGAAACUCGUUAUCAUUAUCUGAGUUACAAAAUUCAGAAUGAGUUGAUAGAGAUGCUUGGGAGUGAGAUCAAAAAAAUGAUCUUAAAGAAGAUCCGUUGUGCAAAAUACUAUUCAGUUAUUCUUGAUUGUACUCCUGAUAUCAGCAACACAGAACAGAUGUCCCUGGUCAUCCGAUGUGUAGAUAUUUCUGAGACCUCACCAAAGAUCGAAGAGUUCUUUUUGACAUUUUUGGUAAUUAAAGACAAAACUGGUGAAGGUCUUUUUGGCACCCUUCAGGAUGUAUUGGCUGAUUUGGGAUUGAGUAUUGAUGACAUUAGAGGGCAAGGCUAUGAUAUUUUUAAGGAGAUUGUGAAUGGUAUUACAGUUAAGCCAUUUUCACAAACUCGUUGGGAGAGUCGCAUCAACAGUAUCAAAGCAAUACGGUUUCAAGCUCCUAAGAUACGAGAAGCACUGUUUUACUUGGCAGAUAAUAGUGACAAUCCGAAAACAAGAAAAGCUGAAAGGAUUGCUACUGAAAUGGAAAUUGAUCUUAUGUUCUCUAAAAAAGCAAAACGUCCUACUAAAAGAAAACAGUUUUAUGGGGAAGAGUCAGAUAAAGUUGGAGAAGUUGUGGUGCUAACACCUGAAGAAGAUUUUAGGAUCAACUACUUCAUCAAAAUUGUGGAUCAAGGUUUGGUUUCUCUGGAGACAAGGUUUGAUCAACUUCAAGGUUAUGAAAAGACUUUUGGAUUCUUAUUCGACUUCAAAAAACUGAAGCUAGCUGAAGAUGACAAGCUGAUGGUUUCUUGUGCUAACCUUGAAGUUUUUCUGAAGCAUGGUAAUUAUUCUGAUAUUGAUGGUGAUGAUUUGUUUUUGGAGCUGAAGCUUUUGAGAGGGGGUUUGCCUGAAGGUAUUACGAAGGCUGCUGGAAUAUUGGAGUUUUUGAAAAGGAGGGAAAGUUGUUAUCCAAACACAUGGACAGCAUAUCGUAUAAUGAUGACAAUUCCUGUUUCCGUUGCCUCAGCAGAGAGAAGUUUUUCAAAGCUGAAACUCAUAAAAUCGUAUCUACGGUCGAGUAUGUCACAAGAGAGGCUUAAUGGAUUGUCAAUGUUAUCGAUUGAAAGGGAUAUGGCUGAAAAGCUUGAUUAUACAAACUUGAUGAAUGAGUUUGCAGGAAGAAAUGCAAGAAGAAUCAUAUUUCAGGAGUAAUGUAUUGGUUUUCAUGUUUUUAAAUGUUUUUGUUUAACACUUUUUAUUUAGUUAUUUAAAAACAAU